AUGCGAGAGGGACCCAAUGUGGAGUUACGAUUUCUGAUCUCCACAAAGACUGCGGGUCUCAUCAUCGGCAAGCGUGGCGAGAACAUCAAGAAAUUGCGUGAUGAGUACUCUGUCACCAUUAAUAUCCCCGAUAGCAACGGACCCGAAAGGAUCCUUAUUCUAGACGGCGACGUAAACUCUGUCAUUGAGAUCAUGCACAGCACGCUCAAAAGGCAAGCCAUGUCGCUUCAGGAGGACUGUGUUGAUUUGCGCCUCCUCGUGCACCAAAGUCAGGCCGGAUGCAUUAUCGGUAAAAGCGGGCAGAAAAUUAAAGAGCUGCGAGAACAAUCUAUUUUAAAAACUCUCAAAGUGUAUCAAAUGUUGUGUCCCGAUUCAACUGACCGCAUCGUUCAACUGGUUGGCACCGUGGCUCACGUCAUCAGCUGCCUCCAAGCUAUCUGCGAGCUGCUGGAGGGAGCUCCAGCCAAGGGACCUCGACAAAAUUACGAUGCUCGUAGCUUCAACGAGGCGAUGGCGAUGCAAUACGGUGGCUGGUGUGGUAUGGGUAUUCCCUCGUCCGGAAGCAGCUAUGGUGCACGUCGUAGUAAUUUUGCUAAUAACAGCUAUCCGCAGAGCUCGAUGUUGGCUGCUAGUUUGUUCAGUGGAGGUGGAGCGACCCCGCGCAGCGUUACGCAGGCGGCGGUUGUGAGUCAGGCUCUCGCUUCAGGCAUUCCGCCUGCAUCUGCCGCGGCGAUGUUGGCCGCUACCGGCGGUCAGAACCAUCCUGGGGGGCCUACAUCAGGCCCUGCAGGUGAUGCAGCCACUGCGGCUGCAAUGAUGGCUGCCGGGAUGAUGCGCGGGAUUCCUGGAACUGUCAGCAUGAACAUCAUCGCGCCUACAACCACUACCCAGGUUUCCGUCAGCAACAAGAUGAUCGGUGCCAUCAUGGGUCGGGGCGGUACACGAAUCAAUCAGGUUCGAAAAGAAUCUGGUGCUGAUAUCAAAAUCAGCUCCCAAGAUCCUGGCGUGGAAGACAGAAUCAUCACCAUAACGGGCACCCCCGAACAAAUUCAGAGUGCUCAGUUUUACUUACAGCUAUGCGUGAAGCGUUUUGGUGAACAGAGUUAA